UCCUUGCGGGGGCCCUGUCCCCCCGUCCCCUGCCCCCUGAUCAUCCCAGGGGUGUCCUGGAAGGAUGGAGGUGGACCCCCAGCCCAAUCCCACCACCCCAGGCCCGGACGACCUCGUCGUCCUACAUUUCAAUGAUGUGUACGAAGUGGAGUCGAGGAGCGAGGAGCCCGUGGGAGGAGCUGCUAGAUUUGCCACAGCUGUAAAAAAGUUCACUUUCCUCAAUCCACUUCUGAUUUUCAGUGGAGACUGCUUAAAUCCAUCAGUAUUAAGUUCAAUAACAAAAGGCAAGCAUAUGAUUCCUAUUUUAAAUGCUUUGGGAGUCCACUCUGCAGUCUUUGGAAACCAUGAGUUUGAUUUUGGUGUGGAUACUUUGGAAGAGUAUAUCCAGCAAAUGCAGUUCCCGUGGUUUCUUAGCAAUGUGUAUGACAAAUUUACUUCUGCACCUCUUGGACAUGGCUUAGUGAAGAAAAUAAUCAAGUGGAACAAUAUGAAAAUUGGCCUAAUAGGAUUAGUAGAAGAAGACUGGCUCGACACUUUGGCCACCGUUAGCAAAUCAAAUCUCAGGUACCAAGAUUACGUCGAAGUCGCCAACCAGCUCUGUAAGGAACUGAAGGCGGAGGGAGCAGACUUGGUUGUUGCCAUCACACAUAUGAAGUGGGCAAAUGAUGCAAGACUUGCCCAGAAAGCACAAGGAGUAAAUCUGAUUUUGGGGGGUCACGACCAUGACUAUGGAAUCAAGAAAGUGAACGACACUUGGAUCGUCAAAAGUGGAUCGGAUUUUAGGAACUUGACCAAAAUAAGCAUAAGACGCCUUGAUGGAUCUUUUCAGUAUGCAUUUGAGAAAACAGAAAUUUUGAAUUAUUUGGAAGAAGAUCCAUGUAUAAAAACAAUCGUACAAGAUUAUAGUCAAAAUCUUCAGCACUUGCUAGAAGAAGUCCUCUGCCCCAUUGACAAGGAAUUGGAUGGACGGGUGGUUACUGUAAGACGAUCAGAGAGCAACCUGGGAAACCUGAUAACCAAUGCCAUGUUGGAAGCUACUCGCGCUGACAUAGCUCUGCUUAAUUCAGGUGGUACUCUUCGUUCUGAUCGGAUUCAUCCAGCUGGGGAUUUCACCAUGCACGACCUGUUGGCCAUCUUACCCAUCGUGGACCCAGUUCUGGUUGUCCGGGCAACAGGUGCCCAAUUGCUGGAUGCUCUUGAAAAUGGUGUUUACAAAUACCCAGAUCUGGACGGGAGGUUCCCUCAAGUUGCGGGAAUAGAAUUUGGAUUCGAUCCAAAUGCAGAGCCAGGACAUCGAGUUAUCAGAGACACCGUCAAAAUCCAAGGACAGUAUUUAAGGAAAAACAAAGUGUAUCUUCUUGCCAUUAAAGAGUACAUUGCAAACGGGAAGGAUGGCUACACAAUGCUUAAAUCGUGUCCUCGUCUAUUUGAUUCAGAAAGUGCCCAAACGCUGUCCACAGUUGUCAUGAACCACUUUGAAUCCAUUAAGAUAGUGCAGGGGAAAAAACAAUGUCUGUCAGGCCAUCGCAUGAGCUUAAUCACAAUGUCUAAGUCAGCAUCGCUAACAGCCUUUGAAGAAAGAACAGAUGAAAGUACAUCAGUAAUUGCAGUACCUGGCAUAGAAGGAAGGAUUUGCCAUAUUUCACAAGAAAUGAAAGAACAUUUGCGGCAACUCAGAGCUGCAAGAAAGCAAGGAUUAAGGAAAUUUCCCACAAUUCAAGCUUGUGAAAAUUCAGAUUCUGACUGAAAUAUUCAGUUUUCCCAGUGUUCCCAGCUAGUACUAUAUAUAUGUAUCUCGGGGCCUUGCUUUUGUUCAGUUAGUCUUAGUACUCAGUUAUUAGUGUGCUUCUCAUUUCAAUUUUUUUCCCACUGUUUAAAAGCAAUUUUAAAACUCUUGGUGUUAAAAUGACCUUGAUCUUCAUAUUUUUACCUUAAAACUAUUUUCAUCAAGAUAUAUGUAGUUAUUUACUCAUAAAAUGUCAAAUUAUUUAUGUGUAUUUUUGAUGAAUUCAUUUCAUAGCCAUUUUCAGGUUGAAUGACCACUGGGUGUGUCAGUAAAUAUUAAUUCAUCACAUUCUCUUUUUCUACUUUGUCCCUGAU